UUCAAUAAAUUUUAUAAUAAACUAACGGUGCGAUUGUGGAUUAUUGUUAAUAUGAUUUUUUUUCAAUUUCAAUCUGUUGAUAAAUAAAUAAACUAUAAUGAAAGCUUCACCCGGGGCCUUGUGAAAAAGGAAACAACCUACGGAUUUGAGUUGUAAAUGUUCAAACAAGUCCGCACUUGCUGUUCAAACGACUUCGCGAAGACGUUUGGUUUCAAGGAACGAUCGUAAUUAUGACUGACAAUGAAAAUGGAGGAACUGCUAUGGGUUUAUCAGCUAAAAGUUCCGUAGAUGAGGAUGAUCAAUCGAUCAAUAAAAAAGGAGCUGAUAUAGAUUUACGAAGAAUGAGACGUCAUCAGCAUAUCCAGCUGUACAAAAAGUUAUUGAGUUUGCAGGCUCCAGUUGCAGAAGGUCUUCCUGUCGAAAUUCUGCGAGUAUUAACAUCGAGCGACGAGAUUGGUGAUGAACGAGUAUUGUUGGGAUCUCUAACAUUAGCGACGAAUUUAUGUGUCGGAGAUUCAUCAGAGGAGCUGACAAAUUUAUUGAAAAACUGUUGGAACUUGAGAACACCAGUUUUGAACGCGUUCCAAGAAAAUUUUCAAAUCUGUGAUCUCGAAUGGUUCAAACUCGCGAUGACCCAUGGAUAUCUUCAAUUAAACGUUGAAAACAUUCACUCGCCCGAUUUGGUCUUCUUGGCUUUCAAAGUAUUGCGUAAAAAUUGUCUCACCUACACGAAAUAUUCGUACAUCGCUUACAAAAUUUUACAAACAUGGAUGGAAAAAACUUCGGAGAUGAAGUUUUGGCUCGAGUACGAUACCAACGAAAUUGAAACGAAACUCGAAGCUAUAAUUUUCUCGAACUGGGAUAACUGCAUCAACGAAAUUUCACGGAGAAACGCGUGCCAAAUAUUUCCAAUAUACUUGAAAAUCAUGUCGAAUAAGUACAAUGGCUUUUUGGAAUAUGUUUUUGAAAAUUGCAUUCAAAACUUUUCCUGGCAAAACGUGACGAAAUACACGAUCCUCGUGGAAGUCUGUAAAAUUUCUUGUAACCUCACAUCAAUCGUAAACUCUGGCCUUAUCGCCUGCAUCUUUACGAGCUUAACGAAAAAUCAUUUGAAACAAGCUGGUACAUUGCUGUAUUCGACGAUUCUAAGAAAAAUGAAGGCGAACGAGUGGGAAAUCAUUUUUGCUGAAGACUUCUUUCGAAUCAGCGCCGAAUGGGAGACUGAAAAAGAGCUGGCGGCGAUAGAUUUACUCUGGCAACAAUGGAUGAAGCCGACAAUCCAGAAAUUUCCGAGCAUCUUUGAGUAUUUAUGGAAACACGAUUCAAUGAAAAAGUUACAGUUGAGUCAAAUGUAUUUAGCAAGAAUGGGCGACCAGCGAGCAUUCCAAGCGAUUUACAAUGACGAAAACUUUUCGAAAAUGUUAGGUUCACGUAUUGUAGAUAUUUCUGAAACAACAAGGCUGAACGCCUUUGCGAUUAUUGCUCGAAACAAUGAUUGGACCGGCCCGGAACCGUUUGGAGUUGUCAAGAGAUUUCUAUACUUCAACGUAAACGCUAGUACGAUCAUUAUGAGGAAAGGGAUAGUCGAAAAGUUUCAAAUAUUUUUUGCUAAAAUAAUCAAACUCGCCAAUGGCAGUGAACUUUUGGAUGAUGCAAUUUGCGAAUUCAUUAACUGGUUGCACAGAUUCUUGCUCGAUUGCUUUGAAAUUGGUUCAUCUUAUCAACGCAAAAUUCUUGGAUUGAAAUUGUACUCAGUAAUAAUGAAUUUCACGAUCGAUUCUUCGGUCAAUGGUGUGUCAACGAAAGGGACAAAAUACGUGGCGACUCUGAAGUCUGCCAACGCCUUGAGACGUCGAAUGAUUGAGAAAGGAAAUUGGACAUUUGAUGAUCGCCAAAGUGCAUUUCUACUAAUGAGACUCGUAUUCGAUCCAGCGGACGAUGUCAGGGACACAGCAGCUUCAAUCCUCAUUCGUUAUUUCGAGCCUCACAUAUUUGUAAAAUCUGACAAAAAAGUUUUAGCUGAGACAUCCUUGAGGUUAUGCCAGUCUUCACGAGUUCAGGACAUAGCAGGAGGGUCUGCUGUAUUGAAAAUACUCGAAGUUUGGAAAUAUGACAUCGAGUGGAUGGACGGUACUUCAAAAUAUGUAGAUUGGUUUGUGAAUUCUGCAAUCAGCCAACUGGACCAUGUCAAAGGUGACAUUUUAAAAUCGGCGACGGAAGGCUCAUCGUUUUUUGGUGCUUUAACGGUCAUUCUCGAAAUUGGCUUGACAGAGGAUGUAACAAAUGAUGUGACAAGAACACUCCUCGAUCUUAUCGAGGAAGCCACAAACUUUUUUCUUUCUGCUUUUUCUCUAGACGACAAAAAUAACGAAUUCUCCUCGUCUUUCGAGGACAUGAGCAUUGCCGUUGAUAGUGCAAUUAAAAACAGUGAAAUGGACGGAGCCAACGAAGUCGACGAUGAAUGCAGUUUGUCGCCCGCUCAUCAAAUCGUUGUUUCCUGUAUUUGGAUGUCCCUUAAAGUAUCGUGCGAUUUGGCUUCCGAAAUAGGAUGUCGUGCUGAAAAUAAAGAAAUUGUGGAAAGAGCAGCAAAUCUCAUAGUUUCCGUUUUGUUGAAAUGUCGACACAAAGGAGCAAUCGAAGCAGCAGGUUUGGCACUCGCAAAACUGACAAAGGUUGCUUGUACAAAAAAUUACGACGGAGUAAUACAGAAACACUUGGAAAAUUUGUUGAGUAUCGACGACAAAAAUAACAUCAAUUUGACACGACGUGGAGCUGGAAUGACGAUAAUGUUUCAUCGUAUAGUUUCCAGUGAUACUAGAUACAAUCGUCCGUUUGUGCACUUAGCUGCAGCCACCUUAUUGAAUAACUUGAAAGAAAAACAUUUUCAACAUAAUGAACAUUGCCAAAGCGAUUCGACAUGCGCGAGGCAUUUACACUUUUUACGUUCUCUCAUCGCUGACAAAGGAUUACAAGCUCAUUUGGUGCAGUACAUGGAACAAGUCUGCUUGCUGUGCUUCGAAUAUUUGCAAGCGCCUGAGUGGACCGUCCGGAACGCAAGUCUACAAUUAUUCGGUGCAAUAGUUCCACGGUUGGUGGGUCAGUGCAGUCCGAAAGAGUUGGAUUACGGGAUCGGUAAUUCGAUCAAUCAUUUCGUCACGCAUUAUCCGAAACUGGCGACGAGUAUAUUCGACGAGCUGGAAACCUCUACAAGAUCUUUUGGAAGCGUUAAGAACGAUUUUCCGACGGUCAGUAAAAUCGUGCCGCUUUUAACACUGCUGUCCAAAAUGGGGACCAGUGGUUGUGAUCUUGUCGAUUAUUCCUGUGAAGAUUACAUCAUUCGAGGGAAAAAAAUAUUUCUCGUCCUUCUGGCACAUCCGGUGUUUCAUGUGCGCAAUCUGGCGGCAAAGGCAUACGCUGCUUUCGUGCCACUCGUUGACACACUUUAUGAAUUGACGGUGAUGAAAAUGCGAAAAAUCAAUUGGCACAGCGAUAACUACAAUCACGGACAAUUGUUGGCCCAAUUUUAUCUCCGACGCAAGUACGAAUACGAGACUAAAUGUACGAGUAACAAAUUCGUAAUUCGCAAGCACAACAUUUGUGAGAAACAAUUCGAUAUCGCGAUCAGAGUGCAAUUGGCAAGAGCUGAAUAUUUUUGGAAAAAAGAAGCCUACACGUUGUUCGGACCGCCCCGCGAACAGUACACGGUCCAUAAUUUGUGCUCUUUCCCUAUAAGCUCAAUGUUACUAAACUGCUUGAUCGGCUGUCCCGUUGCAUUGUCGAUUUUGAAAAACCGAGAAAGUACAGCGAACUGCGAAACUUACGAUCAUCAAUUCAUAUCCAGUUUAUUCGAUAAAAAAACUGGCACACCACCAAUGCUGGGUUUGUCCGAAUUUCUUAAAAAUGUUAUUGCUUUCAAAAGCCAAUUUCUCAGUUGUUCUUACACGAGACAGUUUUAUAUGAAUCAUGCGAGAACCGCUAAGCAUCAUGCGAUCGUUGCAGCAAACCUGGAAGAUCUAACACCAGAUUAUCUGCUGAAAAGUCUUGUGGCCGACGCGCUCGAAAUGGUGAACGAUUCCUCAAUAACUUAUACUCUGCUCUACGAACUUUCGUCCAUUCUCGAUAUUCUGCAGAACAGACGAGUGAGCAAAGAGGUUGAAAAAAAUCUGACAGUUUUAAGCGAAUCGUUGAAAAAUAUCGACGAGAAUUCGGGACGCUCUUGCGCCGAUAAGCUACGAAAUAUUGGUCACACGAUUGCCAUUUACACGGACAUCCUCAGCGAAGAAUUGUUUCGAUCAACGAUUUAUUAUUUAUCGAAAGUAAUGGAACACGCAAGUGCCAAUGUUGAAACGAAAUUUCUGGUUAUUGAUUGUCUCUCACAUUUAGUUGGAAAAUUAUUCAGUCACGAUGAAAAUGCGUUUGUUUUCAAUCUAAAGAACCCAGAGGUUGGAAAAUUCCUUUGCAUAAUAACGACGUUGUUGGUGGACGGAGAUGCAGAAACGAGGGAUUUUGCAGCGAGUAAAUUAAGUCCAAUGACGAAUAAAAUUGUCGGUCGAAGUGAUGAAUAUUUUUGUUCGAGAGCAAGUAUUUUUAUCAUUUUAACUAAAUUGACUUUCGUUUGGGCACAAAAUACAAUAAUUUUGCCUUCCGACUGUUUCGAAAUAUUCAAGUCAAUAAUCAAUUCGAUGAGCACCAAAGAGUCGGUUAGAGCGCUGAAGAGUCCUUACGAACAAGACGACACAUUUCAACGUGACGAUACAGAAUUAUUGAAUAUUCUGACUCACUGCGUUAGAUUAUUCAAUAAAAAACAAGAAAUGCCCAUAAAGUAUGACGAUUUACAAAACAUCAACGGUGUAAUCUCUGCGAAACAAGACUUGAGGGAUUUCGGCGACCAAAUUGAAUAUUUUACAAAUUUAAGUACUCCGUAUUAUUUAAUGCUGAAGAAACAGGAUUUAAUGGACUUGAUAAAGGAUUAACGAAAGAAAAUUGAUUGACCGGACACAGCGAGUGAAUCUUAAUGAUCGUACAAUUAUUGGUUUUAUAUUCGUCCGUAUGUUUUCUUUCUUCAUUAUAUUAAACUGAGUAAAUUGCUUUGAACAAACAUGUAUAUAAGAACUAAAGAAUAUGAGAAGAAUAAAAAAAACAAGUUGAUUUAUACAAUUGAGACACGCUCGUUGGCUCAAAAUCGAUCAUCCGUCAUCGGCGCGCUAGUGAAUUGCACUGGUGAAUUUUUUAAUUCACUAGUGCAAUCUUUUUUAUCGGUUUUUCUUUUAUGUUGUGAUUAACAAGAAAAAAAUACAAAAAAUACGUUUAGGUCUUAUUCAGUUUACAAUAUUCGCACGAUCUAGGACUGGUCAAUCAUGAGCAAUUCAUUUUCCUUGAUUUUUGUGAUGAAAUCAGCACAAGAAUCACGAAAAUGACAUGUGUCUCGCAGGCACGACAUUCUUAAAUUUGCUAUUUACAACUGUUACUUUUUUCUUUCUUCAAGUUGUUGUUUUUUUUCCUAAUGCUUGUGCAGCCGAAGUGUUCUCAACGGAGUCACUAUUUAUGGAGUGCAAAAAAGAAACGAGAUUUUGUUCGUCUUCAAGUGAAAUUAUGACUACUGAUACAUCUUAAACCAGCGUUAAUACAAACUAUUCUUUUUUAUCAACUUACACACUAUUAUCGAAUGAUUCUGCUAGCAAAUUUCGUAUUUUUCGAUAUCCCUUGCGUUUUUUUUCAACCCGGACGAUAUGGAAGAUGCUUACAAAGACCCAGAAUAUAUUUUUUCUAUGUGCAAAAUUCACGUGAAAGCAUCUUCUUUUGUCGGAAUAAAUAAUGAAUAGAUAAACAAAAUAAUGUAUAAUUGAAUUUCAAACGUACGCUAACUACUGUAAUUUAAGAUCAAUUAGAAUUAGUCGACAUAUUUUAGAUUGAAUGAAGGUUCUACGAGUCUCAUAAUUCUAUUUACUCAGUUCGCAAUGUAUAUAUAUAUAUAUAUAUAUAUAUAUGAGGGUGGUCCUUAUUUGAGGUUGACAUUUUUUUUCAUAUUACCCCCCUGGUUCGAUUCCAAAUCAUUAAAAAAGACACCACGAAAAAGCUGGAGUCAGUGGGAUGAUGGGAAAUGGUGCCGGCAAGUUCGAAUCGAUUGAAAAAAAGGCAUUUUAUAUAAAAGUGAUGUUUUUCUGCUGGGGCCGGUUAUUUAUCAUUUCAUUCGAAUCUUUCUUCCUUUUGUAAUCUCUGCGUAUUUUCCUAUUAUAGUCUCUGCGGCAUAGAGUCCAACUAUCACAACUUCCCUGGGAAAGCCGACGCCGUUCCGAAUAUCAUAUCUCGUGGCACAACGUCCAGCUAACACGAUAUUCUUCCUGAUAUUUUUUAAGUUUUCUCGGCAUAGCCCAAGCCACCUUAACUACAAAUUCUAUCAUCAAAUAUUAAUCUUAAAUAAUCAUUAUUCUUUAAUAACUUUCAUAUAAAAUACUGAUAUAAAUCAUCUGAUGGUUCAAGAAUUGCAUCUUAUUGCGAAUUAUUCAUCAAAACUCUUUCUGCGUUGCGUUCGACUUUCUUUUGACAAACAAAUUCUUAAAACAGUUAUUUUAUUCCGUUUCUCUCAACAUAGCGCCUGACUAUCACGUUAUAAAAAAAUUCCUCAGAUGUAAGAAUUCACAUAAAAUCACCGACAAACUGACAUAAGCCUACGAAACAAGACUACUUCGUUUCAUCGGUCCUCAAAAAAGGCUGUUCUUGAGUAACAGAUCCCGAAAACGACAGAUAUAUAAAUUCAGUAAUAGCAUGCAAAUAGAACCGUUUACUUCUAGGUCAUGAAGAAAAUAUCAGAGGAAGUAAUGAUCUAGAAAUUUUAGAAAAUAUAAUUCUCUUGACGAAUAGAAAAACGAUAGAAAACUUGUCUAUUAUCGAAAUUCAGGAGCAAAGAAUAAAAAAUCAUCUAAUGAUUUAUUCCUGGGUAUACGGGAAAAUAUUGUAGUUCGAAUUUUCAACGACUAUAUGUUAAAUAAAUACUUGAAUGGUUGUUCUUAAUGACGAUUGACAAGGGUUUCGAGUACACUUGGAUGGCUCGACGUGAUUUAUACAUAGAAAAUGAAUAGGAGCCAAAGAUAAAGCAAACACAAAUUUGACUGAAGUAGAAACAACGACCGGGUUUGCCGGCACCCUUUCCCAUCAUCCCACUGACCACAGCUUUGUUGUAGUGUCUUUUUUAGUGAUUUAGAAUCGAACCAGGAGGGGAAUUUGAGAAAAAAAAAUUUCAACCCCAAAUAAGGACCACCCUAAUGUAUAUAUAACGCCUGUUUUUCUUAUUAAAAAUUAAAAAUUUACAUCAAUUUUCCUAUGAAAUUGUCUUCUCGUUGUAAAUUUUUUACUACUACAAGAAUUCAUUUCUUUUCUUUAUCAAGUAAUCACAAAAUCAAACUCAAUAGUGAAGAAAUAAAGAGGAGCUUGUUAAGAAUAGAAAACGAAUUAUGAAAAUUUCGUCACACCAUCGAUACGCUCAUCGAAAAUUGUCUAUUAUUAAUGGCGUUAAAGUCAAUAAGUCUACGAAUAUGUAACAUGUACACGAAAUUAAACCUAAAAAAAAUCGUACGUCUAUAUAUAAAUAUAUAUGCUUUCUUGUUCAUUUAUACGUAUUUUUUGUAUGCUACAUAUAAUGUGUUAUUAUGUAUAUAUAUAUAUUUAUAAAGAUCGUAUGAUCCAACGAGUGCAGGAGUUACACGGUCUCCGACGUUUUUUCGGAUAUGAUUGAAGAAAAACGUGUACGAAUUCGUUUUCCAUCAUAAACUUUAAUAAAUUUAUUUACGAUUAUCACGAUUUUGGAAUCAUUCACGUGAUGUUCGGAAACUAUUGAACAUUUUUCUGCAAUUUAAUAUCGGCAAACAAUGCAACAUUUAAUUUCGACGAGAUUAUUACACACGGUAGUAUCUACAAAAAUAAAUUGAUGAAGUCCAGAUUGGGAAUGAAUAACGAGAUGAAGUGAAGAAAACUAAUGACAGAACGACAGGAAAGACAACAAUUUUUUUUUAACAAAUCACGAUUCAAGAUUUGAAUGAAACGACAUAGCUCUGUUUCUAAAUAGCUUUCAUAAAAUGAAUGAAACAAUGCUUGAAGAGAGCCUUAAGAAUCUCAUUCGGUAACUCGGUAGAAUUGUCGAUCAACUAAAAAAAUCGGUUUAUAGGUGGUGUUUGCAAAAACAAAGGAUAAGCUUGUGUUCAUUUUGUACAAUUAUUUCAGAUGAAAUAGGAAAGUCGUGUUAGAACAAAAAUUUACUUAAGCAUGCACGAUUAUGCCAAAAUAAACUUGAAUUUAGAAACGUGUACAAUCGGUGCGAGUAUUGCUUUCAUUAACUAUGGAGCGCAGCGAUGAGAAUUACAGAAAUUAGUAAUUAUGGCUUUUUAUUGCAACCUGAAAACUAAUGUAAAGAAGUAUUUUGAACAGUGUAGAAAAAAGCAAAUUUUAUGAUUGCAUUGGAAUAUUAUGGUACAAAUAUGAUUGGAUAAAUAAAAAAAUGUAGAAUGA